AUGAAUGAAGUCAGAGCUGCUGUUCAGGUGGUAGGUUCUGGUUUUUUGGACACAGCACGGCGUGUUGCUGGAGCUAUUGGGAAUGUUUUGACGCCUGGCUUCGAUACGGCGUUGCCAAUUGUGCAGCAGGCUGGUGAAGAGGCUCUGAAAAUUGCUUCACCAGCUUUCUUUGAGGCUUCCAGGAAGGCUCAAGAAGCACUUCAAAGUUCUGGUGUUGAUACCCAACCUGUUUUCACUGCUGCUAAGACAGUGGCAGAUGCUGCACAACAAACAACCAAAGUGAUUGAAGGUGCCAAGCCAAUAGCCUCAUUUGAACCAAAUCCUGCAAAACCAAGACAAUCCAGCAGCUGCAAAAUUCCAAACUUGACAAACCUGCAGCGGAAAGAAAUGAAGGUUAAGCCUGUCAAUCUAACAGAGCAGUCUUAUGCAGACUAUUCUUAUGUUGGGCAAUGCCUUGAAUCAGGGAACAGCCCGAGGAUCAGCAGUAGGAUUCAAAUUGGACAGUCUUCUCAAAUCCAACUAAAAGCAUUAGCUGAAAAGAUGCAAGCUGUGCAUAAAGGUUCAGAGAGGGUUGAGCAAGAACGCACUGCUUCUGAAAAUGAUGGUUCUAUAUCUUCAGGAUUUCGCAAGGUGUUGAAGAGUUUUCUUGAUUUUGUCGAAGCUGAUGUGAAGUCACUUACAGCAUUGUAUAACAGCAAACACAGUACCAAUAACACACUUAACCCGUGUUCAUAA